CCUGAACGCCGGCGAAACCGUGGAUGUCCAUGUAGAUACUCGACGGCGCUGCCUGGAUCCGACACCAGUUCCCUUCGCCAAAUGACCAGCGGAGAACACUGUAUUCAGGGGCGACUAUCGGCACAUGAAGAGCAGUUUCAUAGUCCGGAUAACCGACAACAGCAGAUUCGAAAGGCAGUAUCCGAUCAUGACAUAGAAUUCCUUGCGGAAGUUUCUAUAAAGGGUUUAAGGACGAUUCUGUCAUAUUUUCAAGGGUUCCAUGAUAUCUGCCAAGAGCUUCUUCUCACGCUGGACCUCCCCACAGCGGUCCUUACAGCGGAAUACAUUGCACUACACAAUAUUAGAGACACUAUGUUGCCCUCUAUUGAACCCACUCUUAGUUACCUACGUUUACUACCUUCUCUCCUGCUCAAAGUAGAUGAUGAAGUCGGCCGACAUCUUGGUACAAUCCAGCCUUUUUAUGCGUUACCAUUCUUCCUGACUUGGUUCGCUCAUGAUAUGCGGAACCGAGAGGCACUCAUGCGUCUGUUUGACUUGUUCAUCCCGACGCAUCCCUGCAUGCCUGUUUACAUGAUUGCCGCGACUAUAUUGUGCCGCAGAGAACUUCUGCUUGAUAUAUCAGAAAGUGAACCUGAAACUCUGCACUCAGAGCUAGGGAAACUGCCUUUACCUUUUCCAACCGAAGAUUUGAUACACCAGGCGGUGAAGAUGUUCAAUCAACACCCUCCAAGCACAUUGGAUGGGUACGCAGGCACGCCUCGGUCAUACUGCUUAAAAACAUUCACGCUAAGCGGAAGGACGUUGAGUCAUGGCGACGAGCUGCUUGAUAAAGCUACAAGGGAAGGGAUGGCCAUGGAAGAGCCGAUGCAUCGGAAGAGUCACGAAGCUGGUAUGCAAAACCGAUAUAUGGUCAUAGCGGGUCUACUCGGUCUGGCUACUAUGAUGUUCGGAGUCUAUGGACGAAGAGUAUUUGAAUGGUAGAAUCUCAAUGCUCCUCUGAUGCAGUACUCCAUACGCCGUACCGAUAGUGACACUAA